AUGUUCCUGGGAACUGUACUUUAUGGUGUUCUUCUUUCCUCACUAAGUUUCGCAAUGACGCCUGAAAACGCUUGUCCAGGAGGCCAAGAUGUUUCCGCUGAACUUUUAACCAAUUUGACCCUGUUUUCUGAAUACUGUGCUGCGGCUACCUGUCCAACAAACUUUAACUCAAAAGGGACACGGGUUGUAUGCGAUCCAGGUGUAUGCCCGACCCUAGAGCAGACAGACACAACCAUAAUAUCUGGAUUUAAGGGACUUAAACCGGGUGACACCACUGGUUUCCUAGCACUUGACAGGACCAAUAAGAUGAUCGUUCUGUCAUUCCGAGGCACGCGAACACCAGGAAACAUCGUCACAGAUCUUGAAUAUCAGCAGGUGCCUAUCGAUGAAAUUUGUCCAAAUUGCCAGGUCCAUCGUGGUUUCUAUUAUGCCUGGGGGAACUUCUCACAAUUCAUAAUGCCGGGUAUCGACCAAGUAGCUGCUGAAUACCCAGACUACAGUAUCGUUUUUACUGGUCACAGUCUUGGAGGCGCCCUUGCUACAUUUGGGGCAGUACUUGAAGGAAGUGCCAACAGACCAAUCGAUCUGUAUACAUUUGGGUGUCCUCAACUGGGGAAUUAUAGUUUUUCUGAAUUUGUCAGUGGUCGAACUUUAGGCACUGGAUGGAGAGUGACUCAUACGGAUGAUCCGGUGCCUAGGCUUCUAUCUACAACCGCUAUGAUUACCUCACCCAACUGUGCACCAGUCACAACCACUGAUAUCAAGGUGUUUGCGGGCAUUGAUAACAAAUCUGGGAACCUCGGCCAAACCACACUUGAUUUCGCAGCACACAAUUGGUACAUUGGCAACAUGAAAGGGUGUUCAAUGGAGUAA